UCCGCUCCGAGUCACACUUCCUUUUAGACCAUCGCAGACGGGAGCAAGGAAGAGAAUGCUGGCCUCCAGAGCCCUCAGCCUUAUUGGCAAACGUGCCAUUUCCACAUCUGUGUGUGUACGUGGAGGACAUGGUGUUGCAAAGGUGGAGGAAUAUACUCUCCCUGCCUACUUUGACAGACGGGCCAACCCCCUGCCUGAAAUCUCCUAUGUGCAGACCCUGAGUCCAGAGCAGAAGUCCCUGAAGGAGAAGGAGAAGGGGUCCUGGGCUGCACUCUCCAAUGACGAGAAGAUUGCAUUGUACCGCAUCAGCUUCAAAGAGAGCUUCGCUGAGAUGAACCAGGGGUCGGCAGAGUGGAAGACUGUGUUUGCAGGGAUACUGUUCUUGGUCGGCUUCAGUGGCCUGAUUGUUCUCUGGCAGAGGAAAUAUGUGUAUGGACCUGUCCCACAUACCUUUGAGAAGGAGUACAAAGAAAAAGAGCUGCAGAGGAUGCUGGACAUGAGAAUCAACCCAGUGGAGGGUUUCUCAGUCCACUGGGACUACGAAAACAAGCAAUGGAAAAAGUAAAGGACCCAGAGGACCAUGACACAUACUUGAAAAUAAAAGCAGACCAACUCAACAAUACAAUAUUACUUAUAUUUCUGUCUUCAUCAGUUGUCCAUAUUACCUCAGUCUGUGGAUUUUGGAAGAUAUCUUCCUCUUAUGGUCAUCGUGUAUUAUAGAACUAAGAAUAAAAAAUUGUUAAACUGAUAAAACUUUC